AUGGCGGAAACAACCCUACCGGAAGAGAUGAUAGUGAGCAUCCUCUCCUGGCUGCCCGUGAAAUCCUUAAUCCGAUUCACCUGCGUUUCCAAACGCUUCCAUUCCCUCAUUCUCUCCGACCCCAAAUUUGCUCAAUCCCAAUUUCGAGCUGCUCGUGACCGCAAAACCCCAACUCCUAGACUCCUGUGCUCCUCUUGUUUUAAACUCAGAGCUCCUAAAUUCGAAUCCCUAGACUUGGAGUCGCCGUCGUUUGGAGACUUUUCCUCUGUCAGAGAGCUCAAAUUGCCUUUCCAGCCAGCGGCUAAUUAUGUCUCGCUACUGGGCUCCUGCAACGGUAUUGUAUUUCUCGCUUUUGAUUACAAAAUAUUUUAUAUGUGGAAUCCUUCAAUUGGUUUCUUCAAGAACUUACCUCACCCCGGUUUUUCCACAAAUGAAAAUGAUCUCCACUUUUACGGCGUUGGCUAUUUGCCGGCUACCGACGACUACAUAGUUUUCGUAAACUCCAUUGAUUUUUUUGAUGAUAAGAAUGAGUCCGCCAUUUACUCGUCCAGAUCUCAGGCUUGGAAAACACUGGUGGUCGAUUUCGAUGUGUUCUCUGUUCUCUCUAAUCAGGGGAUUCUUUUGAAAGAGGCACUUCAUUGGGUCCAUGACCGAGAUAAAAUCUUGGCUUUUGAUUUGGCUCAGGAGGAGGAGAAGCACAAGUUCAGGGCAAUGCUGCCGCCGCGUGAUUUUAAUGAUCACGGAGGUGACUAUUAUUUUAACCAUCUUGGUGUUUCUCCUUCUACUGGAGGAUGUCUGUCUCUAGUUCGUUAUCGGCAAUCUUCCGCUGACUGCAUUCAUGUAUGGGUCAUGAGAGAAUAUGAUGUGCGCGACUCGUGGACUGUAUACUUUGAAGUUUUCGGGCCCCCCAGAGGAGUGUUGGUUUUACAUUGGAGGUUUGGUUCUGGAAACUGGUAUGGUUGCUUGUACAAGUAUAUGGAAGCGCGAUGUCAAUAA